CUCUUGAGUCUUCACACCUGCCACUUCCAUGUCCGGCGCCUACUCUUCCUCCAUGACUAUUAUUCACGCUCUCCUGCUCCUCGCGCUAAUUCCGCUCGCCGCAGGCGCAGCAUCGCCGCUGUCUCUCUGUGGCAGUAGAAGCAACUACUCGGCAGGCAGCACAUACGAGGCCAACCUGCUAGACCUCCUCCUCGGCACCCUCCGCCCCAAUGCCUCCUCCUCGCCCUCCCUAUUCGCCAAAGGAUCCCUCGGCGCUGCACCGGACACUGCCUGGGCCCUGAUUCUCUGCCGCGGCGAUGUCAGUGCCGACGAGUGCUACGGCUGCGUCACCUCCGCUGGUGAGGACGCGGCCACAGCCUGCAACCGCAGCAGGGACGUGGCCCUCUGCUACGACAAGUGCUACGUCCGCCUAGCCGACCACAACUUCUUCGACCCCAACGGCAACUCCGGCGUGAUAUCUUCCAUGAGCGGUCUAAAUAUCACCAGCAGCGAUGUCGAGGGCUACGACCGGGCCCUCACCGGCCUUCUCAGCGAAACGGUGAGGUAUGCGGUGGACAACUCCUCCAGGAUGUUCACCACGGGGGAAUGGAAAGGGCGCGAUCCAGGGUUCCCCUGGAUCUACUCGGCGGCGCAGUGCGCGGCAGACCUGUCACGGCCGCAGUGCCGAAACUGCCUACAAGGUCUCAUGGGCAAGUGGCGGACCAUGUUCGUGCGGAACAUGUGGGGCGCGAGGCUGGCUGGUCCAAGCUGCACCUUGAGAUCCGAAUUAUUCCCGUUCCGCAAUAACACCGAUCCCAUAUACCCGUCAUAUAGAUUCUUCGCGGAGGCGGAACCUGCAGCUACUGCUACUACUACUACUGUUACUGCUAAAAGCGGUCAGUUGGCUACCAAGCCCGAGAGUACAGUACCACUUUAGCCUUGAGCCAACCCUUUAGAAAAUAGAAACACUUUUUUAAAAGAAAGAACUUAACUCAAUAAAUUCAAUUAUAUUCCAAGCUUUAUGCAUGUUCUUUUAGCAAGAUUUGAAUUUCAUUGUAAAUAGAUUCCAGUUCUUUUUUAUGUUUUUUAGGUACAACAAGCAAAUGGAGGUUUUUCAUUUCGUAAAAUAAGUUAUUUAGAGUUUCUGCCUCUUGCCUUAUGCAUGUUGGACACAUAAUUUCUUCGCAAGACCAGCACCGACAGCUGCCAAGAGCAUUUACAACCACAGAUACCUAAUAUGAGUUGUCAAAUGCCCACGGGCGGUGACCAGGCAUACCCAAAAUUUCAUGUCCAACAACCAUAGUAGCCAUUUCAUGAUUACCAAUUCCAUACAAAACCAUGCAACGGCAUGAUCUUCUUACAACUACUAUGCUACUAAACAACUCGUCAUCCUCGUCGAAGAUGUUGAUCAAAUUGGUGUCGGAGCUGCCGGCCUCGUGGUCAUUGGCGGCCUGGCGCACCUCUGGCUCGUCGUCCUCCUCGAACUCGGUGAAGAUCUCGAUGAUCUCCUCCCUCCGCCGGCGGAGGAAGGGGCGGUUGCCCUCCACCUCGUACUCCGACUCGAAGAACUUGAGGAGCGC